AUGCGUCCUCUCCAUCUUCUCGCUGCCUAUUACUUCUUUUCAUUCCAUGCAUCGGUGUCCGCGGCUGGGUGCUGGAGAAACUCAAAUUGUGCUUAUGGGCCAUCUAGUCCGUCCUUUAGCGGCAUCUGGGACAAGUACAACUACUCUCCAACUUCUCGUACUGUAUCACCCAUAACUAUCUACUCCACUGGUUUCGAUAACAUUUCAUCAUUUCCUCCCGCCAACCCUUUAAUUCUCUCCGGAAAUGGAUCAACCCUUAUCUUCGACUUCGGCAAAGAGGUUGCCGGAAUUGUCACAGUGGCAUACACUGCUCAAGGGGAGGGGACAAUGGGGUUAGCAUUUUCUGAAGCACGAAACUGGACGGGACAAUGGUCAGACGAUUCGAAUUCGUUUGAUACCAUCGACGGUGCUAUCUACGCCAACAUUACUGCCACAUCUUCCGGCAUGUACACAAUGCCCGACGCCAAACUCCGUGGUGGCUUUCGCUACUUGACCCUCUUUACUGAAACAUCUUCCUCCAUCUCAGUCGCCAUCUCCAAUAUUACUCUCGAAAUCUCUUAUGCACCAACCUGGUCCGACCUCCGCGCCUACGGCGGCUACUUCUACUCCAGUGAUGAUAUGCUCAAUCGAAUUUGGUAUGCGGGCGCUUAUACUCUGCAAACAAACAGCAUUGCUGCGACAACGGGCAGGGAGUUUCCAGUGCAGACCGCGGGAUGGAAAAACGAUGCCGACUUGCAUCCUGGCGUUGUUGAUCCGACCAUCUACGUAGAUGGCGCAAAAAGAGAUAGGAUUGUGUGGGCCGGAGACUUGAGCAUCUCUAUUCCCAGUAUUCUCGCAGGAACGGGGGACUGGAAUGGAGUACGAUAUACAAUCGAUGCUUUGUAUGAUGCCCAGGCGAGCAACGGCGGGCUUCCUUUUGCAGGUCCAGCAGCGUUUUUCUAUAGCUCGGAUACCUAUCACCUAGCGACCAUGCUAGGAACCUACGAAUAUAUCCUCUGGACCAAUGACGGCCCUUGGAUAAAUUAUGUCUAUCCCAAAUACAAGGCCGCCAUGGCAUUUAUCAUUGGGAAGAUGGAUAGUUCGGGGAUGCUAUAUGUGACGGGAACGAACGAUUGGGGCCGCCUUGAGCAAGGAGGUCAUAACACCGAAGCAAAUGUACUCUUAUACAGAGCCCUUACUACAGGAUCCCAAAUCGCCACUUGGGCCGGCGAUUCGACCUCCUCGUCAACAUGGGCAUCUAUCGCUGCCCAGCUCAAAAUAACCAUUAAUAAUAAUCUCUGGGACUCUACUGCAGGAGCAUACAAGGACAGCGAUACCAACGGAAAUGUUCAUCCCGAAGAUGGAAAUAGCAUGGCCCUCCUCUUCGGCGUCGUUGCUUCUGAUACCACCGCACAGUCUAUUUCCAACCAGCUUACGACAAACUGGGGCCCCCUUGGCGCUAUAUCCCCCGAACUUCCAGGAAACCAUGUCCCGUUCAUACAAUCUUUUGAGAUCAAAGCCCACUUUGCUGCAUCUCAACCUUUACGUGCACUAGAUCUCAUCCGUCGCUCCUGGGGCUGGUACCUUGAUAACCCGUUUGGUACGCAGAGUACCUGUGUCGAGGGGUAUCUUCCUGAUGGUAGCUUUGGAUACAGAGCAACUACUGGUUAUAAUGGAGAUUCUAGCUUUACAAGUCAUAGCCACGGGUGGAGUACCGGGCCUGUGGCCGCACUCAGUACGUACAUAGUCGGCUUGUCGCUCACGGCACCGGCCGGUACUCAAUGGAAGUUGGCACCUCAGUUUGGAAACUUAACCAGUGCGGAGGGGGGUUUUACAACUCCACUAGGGACAUUUAGUGCCGGCUGGGAGUUGACAGAAGAGGGGAAGUAUACACUGUGGUAUCGGGUUCCCACAGGGACAACAGGGACUAUUGUUACGCCUGGUAGUAAAGGAGAUAAAGGAGAUAAUAUUGUUGUACUAACUGUACAGGGGGAUAAUGCAAGGCACGAAAUAAAUUCCAUUGUCGUCGGGUAA